UUAGAAAUAAAAACCCUUUAAAAUUAUUUUGACUACAAUAUUCCUUCUUCUCUCUCAAUCUGAAUCUAUCUCGACCAACAUUCCAUCCCUGAAAAUCUAUCAAUUAUUUAUUUCAAAUUUCCUCUAUUCUUUUGUAUUUUUUUUUUUUCAAUUUCUCCUAAAUCUAACAGUUAGCACAAUGAUUAAGAGAAGCAAUAUCCUAUUAUUGAUUCUAAUCUUGGGGUUUAUUGCAACACAAGUGAAAUCCCUUAGAUUUGAUUUGCAAUCUGGUCAGACUAAAUGUAUAGCUGAAGAUAUCAAAAGUCAUGCUAUGACUGUAGGAAAGUACCAUAUUGUUAAUCCCAGUGAAGGUUAUCCUUUGCCUGAUACACACAAAAUUACUGUCAGGGUGACAUCUACAUACGGAAAUACCUAUCACCAAUCGGACAAUGUUGUUGAAGGGCAUUUUGCUUUUGAGACAGCGGAAACUGGGGAUUACAUGACUUGCUUCUUUGCUGCUGAUCACAAGCCCCCUGUUACUGUUACUCUUGAUUUUGACUGGAAGACUGGUGUAGCUGCUAAAGAUUGGACGAAUGUUGCCAAGAAAGGCUCUGUUGAGGUAAUGGAAUUUGAACUAAAGAAGAUGCUUGAAAAUGUUCAAGCCAUCCAUGAUGAGAUGUUUUUUCUACGUGAAAGGGAAGCUGAAAUGCAGGAACUGAACAGAUCUACCAACUCCAAAAUGGCUUGGAUGACCGGCUUGUCAAUCUUAUUAUGUUUAUCCGUGGCAGGGUUGCAGGUGUGGCAUUUGAAGACCUUUUUCGAAAAGAAAAAGCUUAUCUAAUGUUGUUCUGAUAGCUUAAUAAUGCAAUAUGUAUGUGUAGAAUUUUCCAUAGAUUACAGUCAAUGAGGGAUAGCAAUGUUUUGAGUUAAUUGUGAUAGAUAGAAUUUGGAUUAUCAAUGAAGUUACCCCUGCAAAA